GGAAAUUAAUCGUUAAUUUCCACCGCUACUGAUUGACGUUACGAAUGUGUACUGCACUGUCAAAAAAAUUCCAACCAUCUCAAACAUAAUCGAGUUGACGGACUUCAUUCAGGGGACGGACGCAUGAGCCGCUUAAAACACGACGUGACCUUCCCAAGAUGGCAGCAUAGAGACGGUGUUCGUGGAGAAUGGAGUCGGGCACACCCCAGGAGGACGAGACUUUCAGCCAUCCUGUGUCCACUUUAUUUAAUAUCUGUGCAAAGAAUGUCAGCGAGAAUAUGGUCAGGCUGGAGCAGGGGGUCUGGGGUUUGCCAACUGCAAUUCUUCGAGAGCUAUUGAAUUUCCUUAACAUAUAUGACCUGGAAAGGAUUGAAGAGGUUGCAGUAAAGAAAGGCAUUUCAACUCAAGAUCUUUGGUUACAGCUAUGGAAGGAUGUGAUUGGAACAAAUCCUAAAGUAAUAACGGAACCUUUUAACUGGAGGGCAAAAUUUUUGCAAACAUUCUUUCAUGGAGUCUUGUGGGGAACAUUGGACAUCUUGAAUGACAAGCGUUUAAUUAAUUCUCGCUCUUCUGCCUUGGUACUCGGAUCCCGAUAUGUAAGCAAGCUAGUCAUACGCAACAAGCUUCAAGGUGUGAAAGAACUAGCUGAUAAUUCAAACAUUUGUGCUCAUUUGACGUCCACGGUGCAUAAACUCGUGUUUCAACAUCUGCGUUCUGUGAAUCUACUGCUAGAACAUUCGCUGUUAAAUUUGCUUCAUAGCCUUGUUCACCAUGGCACUGUGACGGAAGUGAUAUUGUCAAAUUGGAAUGAGCCUCACCCUGAAUUAUUAUCUCUGAUACUGAGGACAAGUGCAGGAUUUUGGCGUAAAGGAAAGAGGGAAGAUCGGUGUACUUAUUGUUGUGAUGAUGGCGAAUUAAAGAUGGGUGUCGAAACAGUGAAGCCAACAGUGCAAAGUAAUAUAUUGGAUUGCUGCCAUGAGCAGCUACAAAAUACUUCUUUAUCUGAUUGGACAUUUACUACUACUGAGAAAGAUGGUGGUAAGAAAAUCAUGUCUCAAAAUGCUAACGUGCCCCCUGUUAACUUCUUGUCUAAAAGUGCUCAUUGUGUAACUUCUAAAGAAACAUCACGUGAAGAACUUUGUCUGGUAAAUAGGUCCAGUUGUUGUGAAACACAUAGGACCUAUCCGAAAAAGCGCAAGUACUGUGGCAAAAUGCGUGGAGCGCUGCCUUGUUCUGGAGGUCAUGGUAUGGUUUUAUUGGAACCAAAUUCUUCUGCACAUAGCAGUCAAUUAGACCAGAGGCCCGCUUAUUUUGGCAAGAUCUGUGAUGAGAACAAUUGUUGCAAAGGGCAGAAGGUUUUAAAAGGCUCAUUGUAUCCUUGUGCAUGCAACAGGGUUGUGAAAGAGCCUUUAUCUCCUCAUCAGUAUCACAACGGUUCUGAAGAAAACCCAAGUUAUUCCCAUGAAGCUAAUAGUGGAACAUUUAUUGACCCAACAUCAUCCAAGGUGAUCACUGAGACUUCAGAACAACUUGUGUCUAUUUGUGAAUGUUCUCAUGGUGCUGGUAAACAAAGUGCUGCAAUUGCAGAGGUGCAAACUUAUGCAAAGUUAAAUGCAAGUUUUUCAAAAGGUUCAGUAUCUCCUGCUGUGUGUUCUGGGGGAUUUGAAUCGACAAAUGAGCCGUCUCUUCUUAAAUCAAACUCUUGGACCUCAGAAGCUCUACUGUCCUGUUAUACAAACCAACAAACAUGUAAGAAGCCCAGACUGACUGACACGUUGAACAUCCAGUCAGCUGAAAAAUCAAAGAUUACUGGUUUAUCUGAAGUAGUUGAGAACCCGGAGGACAUCUAUGAUUAUAUUUUCAUGAUUGGUGGAAAUAAAACAGACAUUGAGCAGAAUACCUCAGGCACUGAUGAAAACAAUGGCAAUUUACUGAAUGGUUUGAAUGACUUUGAUUGCUUUGACCAAGAGCAAAUGGACAGCUCAUCUCUUUCCCACCCUCCUGAGCUUUAUCUAAGGAGUAUAUCGGUGUUGGAAAUAACAUCAGUCUCACUGACGUACACCACUUCCAUAAUGCUGUGCAAGUUCCUCAGUUCAUGGGUGACCCUCCAGAAACUUGUCUUGGAAUACAAUGGUCUAGGUCCUGCCAUCUUUCUGAUUCUCAAGGAACUCUAUGUCCUCUCUCGAUGCAAUGACAACAGUCUUUCCACUCUUGUAUUAAAAGAUGAUAUCCUUCACCUUCCCAUGAUAAAGCUAGUUAAAAUCCUGCUCAGCAUCUUUCCCCGCCUGCACACAUUCAGCCUGGGCUUCCUGCUGGAAAUACAAAACGAGUCUCUGGAAAAAGAGAUGUUGAUGAAUAUUGAAGAGGGAACAGAGAGCUAUUUGGAGGAUUUGAGUGUGAGUUGGACUAAUAAACCCCUACAAGUUGACUUGCUCUUGCCUGUUUUAAGAGAAUUGAAAUUCCUCAGACGUCUGUGUCUGCACAGGGCAUCAUUCAGAACUCCAGAGGAUCUUGGCAAGCUGUUGCAUGCAACUACAUACUUUCUUUCUGCAUUGGAUUGGGUUACCAUACAAGAUGUUAACCUUGCUGUUAGCUUUAAGGAAGUUCUGGAUCUUUUACGCAGUGCUCCUCUUAAAGGUUUAACAUUGGAUAACUGUCGUUUGUUUGAAAGACAAACAGCAGAAACUGUGUCAGAAAUCAUCACUGCUCUGAAGCAAAAUCAGUCUCUUAAAUUCCUGUCUUUACCUGCAAAUCGAUUAGGGAAUGAUGGUUUGCUCUCAUUGGCGAAAUUGUUUACUCAAGAUUCAUUGUCAUGCAUCUCUAGCUUGAAUGUCAGUGCAAAUUGUAUUCGAGGAGAUGGAUUACUCAAGUUUGCAAAGUUACUUCUGACCUCUGAAUCGGAACUACCUGGUGGUCUGAAGCUGAAGGAAUUAAACAUAAGCGAGAACUUGUUCUUCAGAGAGCCCGCACUUACUCAGGAAGCACUUGAACUCUUCAAAAACAGAUGUCAUGUAAUCACAAUACAGUCUCUUACUGAGCCAUCGCAAGCAUUUGCUGACUACAUCAGUGUAAUGUAGACAUUCCAACAUCCAAUGGCCUCUUUCUGAACUAUUAUAAAUUGGUAAUUUCAGAGCUUGUGAUUAUUUUACUUCAUUUACAUCCUGAGCCAUUCUGAUUAUUGCAAUUGGAAUGUCUCCAUUUAAUUGAUACAGGACUGAAUGCAGCUCCAAGAAAAAUAAAUGUCAAUCGUGUACUUAGAAAACCAUAAUUCUUUCUUCCUUGGCUGGCUUAGGAUCCAAACUGGUCCAGAGCACCAAUGGCAGCAUAAAUGAUGGGCUACUUCAUAUCUUUGUAUGUUUUUGGGAGGGAAAAUGAGUUAUGCAAUUGGACUGUAUUUCUCAGUUUUUAUUAGAAAUUAUUGGAAUUCAUUUUUAGUGUAGCAUUUUGUACUACGUAUUUCAUUUUUUGUUCUAUUUUUGAAGGAAACUGAUGGGCUAUCCUCUUGAGGGUGGGUUGACAACCAUUUGACAACACGUUGAGCUACAGUGUUAGUUAACUAACUUCUGAUCCCCUAACAUUGUUUUCUAGAUCAUGUUUUAGUAUUCCAAUUAUUGUGAAGCUUUGUUAUGUCAUAAAGUUCUUUUUGCUCAGAAAAA